AUGAUCGCCGUAAAUGGCGUGCUGCCAGCUGCAAGAUGGAGCAAUGUAGUGGUGGGCGACGAUGCUCUGGCACGAUCUGUCGAUCUUGAGAUCCCCAUCGGACCCUUGGUACAGAGCCGCAAUGGCUCCAUCUGGGCAGACAUCUUUGCUGUGCCCAGCGGCCGUCCGCUCCGCGAUUUUGCCAGCUCUCAAAUACUGCCGACGCUUCGGGUACGUAAAUUGCUCACAAGAUUAUACCCGCAAAGAAGACACAGAGAACAGCGAAAGCUCUUUGGAGGUUCAGAUGAGAAAGAAAGCACAGACUCUGAGAAGGCUCAAGCGCUAAAGCAGGAGGAAGAGCUUUCCGCUUUCGGUCCUGCUCCACUGGUCACAUUCUGGCACCGCAACCUUACUCUUGGCCUGGCAACCCUGGACGCCAAGUCGGCCCUGCCCAUAGGGAAGUUACCUCCACCUGUCCUUCAACAUGUUCACGUGCAGCACGAUGAGGCCGGCAAGCCCACUUGGACUGGAGAGGUAGAGGGGCAUAAUGCAAUCGCAAAGCCCUUGCUGUUCAGCAACGAUUUUUGGCUGCUACGAGAGCACAUGAAUCCCAUCAAUGCCACUCUCGACACUCUGCCCUUGACUGUGAACCUGUACAGCACCUCAUUCUUCAAGUUUCAGCUGAUCACGUCCAUGCAUGAUGCUUUCGGGAAACAAGAGAUGGGAGCUGCAGAAGUUGACCUGAUCAAGGAAACUCUGCUCACGACGAGCCCGUGGUAUCUGGGUCUGACAAUGCUUGUGACCUUGUUGCAUUCGCUUUUCGAAUUCUUGGCAUUCUCGAGCGACGUUUCUCAUUGGCGACAAAAAGACAACCUUGCUGGAGUGUCCAUCGGAUCCAUUCUGACGAAUGUUGUGGUUCAGCUCAUCAUCUUGCUGUACCUCAUCGACCAGUCAGAGCAGACUAGCUGGAUGAUUCUGGCCGGAAACGGUGUCGGUGUCCUCGUCGAAGCGUGGAAGCUGACCAAAGCCGUGACCGUCGGGAUCGUUCCUCGACGCGCUGAAAACCGCAAAGGGCCUCUUGGGUGGCUGCCUUAUCAGCUCGACGUGCAGAACAAGAGGACGCCAAGUGAAGAGGAGCUGCGGACGCAAAAGUACGAUCGUCAAGCCUUCAAGAUCUGCGGCAUCGUGAUGGGACCUGUGCUGGUCGGUUACACUGUUUACAGUGCGCUUUACGAGCAGCACAAGGGGUGGUGGUCAUUCAUCAUUGGGACCCUUUGCUCUUUCGUCUAUGCGUUCGGCUUCGUGAGCCUGAUUCCACAGCUCCUCGUAAAUUACAAUAUGAAGUCUGUCGCAGGGUACCCAGCCAAGACGAUGAUCUACAAGAUCCUUGGCACGGUGGUGGACGACUUCUUCGCCUUCGCGAUCAAGAUGCCCUGGCUUCAUAGACUGGCUUGUUUCAGGGAUGACGUCAUCUUUCUGAUCUUCCUAUAUCAGAGAUAUAUUUACGGAGUAGACGAAACUAGGGUCAACGAAUUCGGACAAGUCGUCAACAAGCAGAAGGAGGACGAAAAGGAUGCUGCUGUGGACAAGGUCGAGGACAAGAAGCGUCAAAAGAGCCAAAAGGAGACCAAAAAGAUGCAGUAG